AAGAGGUCGGAGCUUGCUGAGAUAACCGCGAGCCUCUUCCUCUUCCUCCCACAUCCGUCCGCCAACCUUCAACUUUAACUCGCCACCUCCAUCUACCUUCCCCAUAACGUCGGCCAACCUAGCUGCGUGUGCAGACUCGAGAUCAUGGCGGCCGCAUCCCCGGAUCUGUCGACAUUGUCGAUGGGAUCGUCCUCGGGCCUGGCAUCAGUCUCGACCAAUCCUUCCACAGCACCGUCGCUCGACAUGAAAUCGUCAGGAGUGCAGUCCACGCCAGGAAUUCCAUUCACCGCCGCCGUCAAGAAGUUGUUUGACGAGAUUCAUCGUACUGAUGGUGAUGCCCUGAUCGUCCAUGGUGUUUCGGUCUAGCUCUUUGCCGAGAUCAAAAAGGAGAGAUCGAAACGGGGAAGGAGACUUCGUUUUCGAUUCGAGGCUGCAUCCGGGAUGCUCAUCGUCAUAAUCCCGACCGAAUUUCACGAAGGACUCCAUCUUGGACUCUAUAAUCUUGGACGUGAUAGUAUUAUCCGGAUAGGGCGCGGCGAUAACUGGAGAUCGAUGGGCACCGCGAAGUAUCGAGCACAAGGCCACCCAAACGGAGAUGAGGGAGAAGGAGACUCGACCGGAGGUCCAGAGCCACAACGUCAACAUCUUGGCGCCUGGCCAACCCUUGUCAUCAAGGCGGGGUAUUCACAAAGCUUAGAAGCCUUACGAGGCGAUAUGAGUUGGUGGUUUGGCGCGUCGGACCAUCAGGUGAAAAUCGUUCUGCUGGCCAAAUUCGACACUCAGCAGAUGACCGCCAUUAUCGAAAAAUGGAUCAUCACCAUCACGCAAAAUCCCGGCACGAACAGGGAUAAUCCCACGUCAUAUACUGUCACUAGGGGUGCUUUACGACUGGAGUUUGACCUCUUGUUUCUUCAACAACCGCAGCCGGGAUCGGCAGAGGGAGACGUCAUCAUUGACAUCCCAGAUCUCCAACGCUGGGCGGUGAGGCUCUGGCGACUGGUACCUUGAGUAGAUGGCCUUGAGUAGAUGGUAGUUAUGGAGUCGGACGGGAGGGAUGAAUUGAAUUUUUUUAAAGUAGAAGUGAAAAAUGUGUUUGCUCGCCAAGCAUGGUGGCCGACGCGCGCAUGAGGAAGCUGCAGGAUCGGCAGACUUUGCGCGCGCAGGAAAAUAACAAAAAUA